AAUCUUCAUUCUUCAUCAUCACACACACACUACUAGAACCGAGAUUCAUUCUGCUUCAUACGUCUUUGGCGGGACCCCUCUUAUUCUCACGCCGCCGCAAGCCACCGUCUCCUCCGCCAUCGCUCAUUUUCCGGCCAAAUUCAAACACUCGCAUUAUUCUCUCGCUUCUCAAUCUUCCCUCUGAUCCUCAUCAUCAUCAACAAACAGAUUUGAGUAGUUUAGUCGGUUGCAAUGGUAGUAGGAGGUGGGAGAAUCCGGCUGAACACAUGGCAGCAGGCGGCGGUGGCGGUGGGCUCGGCGGUGGGUGCGUUGUUGGACCCUCGGAGAGCGGAUUUGAUAGCCGCUCUUGGUGAGACUACUGGAAAGCCUGCAUUUGAGAGGGUUCUUCAGAGGAUGAAGAGUUGCCCUGAAGGGAGGGCAGUAUUAUUGGAGCGUCCUCGUGUUGUAUCCGCAAACGUAGGGCAUGCUUGGGAUCUGCCAGCGAACACAUUUGGUGCUGCCUAUGCUAGAUUCAUGGGAUCCAGGAACUUCUCACCAGAUGAUCGACCUCCUGUACGGUUCAUGGACACAGAUGAGCUGGCCUAUGUUGCCAUGCGGGCUCGUGAAGUGCAUGACUUCUGGCAUACCCUUUUUGACCUACCUACUAACUUGAUUGGGGAGUCAGCACUGAAGGUAAUCGAGUUUGAGCAGAUGUACCUUCCUAUGUGCAUGCUGUCUGUUGUAGGAGGCACAGCAAGAUUCAGCGAAAAGCAAAGAAAGUUGUUCUAUCAGCACUACUUCCCCUGGGCCGUUCGUGCUGGCAUGCAGUGCACUGAUCUCAUGUGUGUAUAUUAUGAACGACAUUUUGAUGAAGAUCUGGAAGAUGUUCGUAGAAAAUUGCAAAUUAUUCCAGCUCCUGCUGUUCCUUAAUUGCAUGUCCUGAUAAGUUUUUUUAUGUUUUUUGGACAAUAGCAGUGAAAUUUUUCAGUAAGAUUUAGUGCACAAAUUUUGUUUCUGAUAUAAAGUCAGUGAGCUUUGUAUAGGUUGGAUUUUAUCAAUGAUUGUAUACCACGAUCAAUAAAAUAGACUCACCAUCACAGGUUUUGGUGUA